AUGGGGAUUAAAAGUAGAGGGACCUUGAUAUUCCUCCUACUAUCGACGUCGGUUUUAACAGUCCUCGCCGACAAUUCGUACAUGAAAAAUGCGAAAAUUAGCACCCGCAUCGUCCAAACGCGUUACGGUCGCCUACAGGGUCUCAUAGUCCCCAUGGACUCCCACAGAUACUUGAAACCCAUAGAAGUGUUUCUCGGGGUCCCGUAUGCCACACCUCCAGUCAAAUCGAACAGGUUUAGUCCGACGAGGACGCCCAGUCCUUGGGACGGCGUAAGAGUGUCGGAUAAACAAGGACCUGUGUGUCCACAAAAAUUACCAGACAUUACCAAUGAAACUGCAGCGCUGGAAAAGAUGCCCAAAGGAAGAUUGGAUUACUUGAAGAGGCUGCUCCCCUAUCUGAAAAACCAGAGUGAAGAUUGUCUUUACUUAAACAUAUAUGCUCCUGCUCAAGUCGAUUGUGUCCCGAUUGCCGUAGUCUUCGAUUCUUCGACUCUCGAUCGUUUUUCUCUCAGUCUGCUCCAUUGCCUACAAACUACUAACAGCCAGUCGUUCCGUCUAACGUAUGCUCUGCAUGAAAUAUCCACACUAUGUCGAACGGUAGAAAUUGCCAACACUUUUGACGUAGGUUCCAUUUUCCCCAACACGUUCCAGCACAAGUGCUAG